UUUAAGUAAAGAUUUGUAAUUUUUAUGAACACGGCAACAUAGCACGAUGAAGUUCCCAAUAGAAAUAAUCGAUCCCACCGUUUCUUUCGAGGAGUUUUUUUUAGUGUAAGUUUUAGUGAGAUUAUUGUAGUUAUUUAGGAUUGUCCUGUUCUGGACAACAUUAGGAAUGACAAAUUAUCAAUCUUGGCAACAUUGUUCCCUGCAGUCACGACUAGAAUGACAUCUGUCAUACGUCCAAGUUAAUAGAGAUUUUCGGAAGUUAAGGGGAAGGGGACUGGAAGAAACACGAGCUUCAUUGCCAGGUGUAAAAUAAUUACACAUAUCUUCGAUUUUCAUAUGGAGUCGUUUUAUAGUUUUACUAUAAAAUUAAAUAAAACUUCGGCGUCUGGUACAAAAUCUUUGACAAUAAAUAGUAAACUCGAAAACCAAGAGAAAAUUGGAAAAAAUAUUUAUUUUGCAACUGAAGCAGCUGUAACACUUCUGUUAGACAAUAUCGCGACUAAGAAAGAAAUAAAAUAUAUUUUGCAGGCUGAUGCUCUUUUAAGAAAUACUUUUGCUGGCUUUGAAGCUACACAAUGCGAAUUUUGCAAGAAAAAAUGCAACAAAUACAAAGUCUGCUGUUCCACGAAAGAGAUGCAGAUAUUACUAGUAAACAAUGCCGUGCAAAAAUUGGGUUAUAUCUCUUUGUCUAGCAAAAGUGAUUUGUUAACAUCGAAUUCUUCUUUGUUAGACAAGAAACCGCAAACAAAAAUUACCGAAUCGAAAGAAGACGUCCAAAAACAAUCUGAAGAUCCACUGAACGCGGCCCGUAAAAAUACCCUAAAAAGAAUUAAAAAGAGGAUGAAUAAUUUACGAAAAUUUUAUCCCGAUAUAUUUUAUUGUAAAGAUAACAUCAUAGAGAAGUGGGCGCAGUAUAAGUUGUUCAAAUAUUUGAAACAGGAUUUAAUUAAUAUUGAUGCCAAAGCUGGCAAUGUUUUUUUGAUAUAAAAAUAAAUUGUAAAAUUUGAG